UCGUACACGGUGUGAAGGAGAGCGCAAGGACGUUAUCGUUAAUGGUGAAGCGCAUCAGAUUUGAUCUGCGAGGAUGAUGAUGAUGAUGAUGGCAGAUGAUUAGCGGAGAAACCUCGCCUGACUCGUUUCAGAUGGGGUGAGACAGCUCGCAGCAGGAAUGUCCCUGGACUGGACCAAGGGACAAUCUGCAACCAGGACAUGUCCUCAAUACUAACAAAAAUAUAUGCAAGUCAGAAAGAGGGGAACGAGUGAGGAUGCAGGGGGUGACGGUGACCGGAGAGGCGCCCACACUGAACGGGGGCGGACGGGAGGAGCAACGUCCUCUCAAGCAGUCCCUGAGCGGCUCUCUGUGCCGGGAGUCUCACUGGAAGUGCCUGCUGCUGACCCUGCUCAUGUACGGCUGCUUUGGCACAUUAGGGUGGUGCUCCCUAUACCGCAUCACGGUCAUGGCCACGGAUGACCACGGUCCUGCCUACUUCUACGGCGAUCGAGCCCGGCUCUACCAUGACAGCCCCUGCUCCAAUGGAUAUGUCUACAUCCCCGUGGCCUUCCUGGCCAUGCUCUAUGUGGUCUACCUGGUGGAGUGCUGGCACUGCUACUCUAAAACAGCCAACCUCGCUAAAGUGGAGAUCAUUCAGGUGUAUGACAGGAUUCAGCGACUUCAGCAGGCUACCCCCUGCAUCUGGUGGAAGGCCAUCAGCUAUCACUACGUACGACGGACCAGGCAAGUGACCCGGUACCGCAAUGGAGAUGCCUACACAACCACGCAGGUGUAUCACGAACGGGUCAACACACACACCGCCAGCUCAGAAUUUGACUACUCACGACAUGGUGUCAAGGAUGUUUCCAAAGAGCUGCAGGGCUUGCUGGAUCAUCCAGUUACCAGACUGCGCUUUACCAAGUGCUUUAGCUUUGCCAGUGCACGAGCCGAGACCACGUACCUUACCCAGCGAGCAAGGUUCUUUGGCGAUAACGAGGGUCUGGAUGACUAUAUGGAAGCACGGGAAGGAAUGCAUUUAAAGAAUGUAGACUUCAGAGAGCACAUGUUGGCUUUCCCAGAUCCUUCCCGGCCACCUUGGUACACACGUCGCUGUGUCUACUGGCUGGCAUCGGCAUUUCUUUUAUCCUGGCCACUUCGGGUGGUUGUUGAGUACCGCACAGCAUAUGUCCACUACCAUGUGGAGAAGCUGUUUGGAGAGAAUGAGGAUGCAAAUGAAAAUGAAAAUAGAGACAACUACCAGACAGGAUUCGAGCAGGGCACAGGAGGUCCCACGUUGCACGUCAUAUCACGGGUAAACACAGUGGACAUCACUGAACUGGAAUGGCACAUUCGUUGCAAUCAGCAAAUAGUGCCCAGUUAUUCAGAGGCCUUGCUUAUGGACAUAGACAUCAACCCUCAUACCCCAUUGUCUGUUGCAAUGGCGGCCCAAAUGAGACACAACUCCAGCUACUUCCUCCAGAGCUGCCCUCGCUGUCGGAGGUCCACGAGCAGCUCCUCUCUUCCCUCCUGGGUAAGAGGGAACAUGGUCAUAGGGGCAAACUCUUUUCCCAUCAGGGCUGGAGGGAGGCUGGCUCUGAGCCGCAGCGGCUUUUCACUUGGGCGCCUGCACACCAACCGAAGCCGGCAUGCGUGCCUGUUUCAUUCCAGGAGCCUCGGAGGAGGACUGGCAGGAAGAGGAGAGGACGGCGGAGGAUUUUUGGGUCUAGGGUUCCGUGGAUCUGAUGAGGAGAGAAGGGGCGUUCUGGAGAGAGAAGGUUUGGAUGAUGAGGAAAAUUGUGAAGUUGGGGAGGAAGGACAAGGGCAGGAGGAUCAAAGAGAAAACCAAGAGGUCAGGGGGGAUGAGAGAGACCGGCCACCGGCCUAUCAGGAUGCUCUGUACUUUCCUGUCUUGAUCAUUCAUGGAGAAGAGAGCUGUCAUGGUGGGCGGGACAUUGAUACAGGAUAACGGCAGGAUCAGAGAAUGUAGAUUUAGAAAGUUUGCACAGGAUUGUAGAGGGAUCUCAGGUGAGUGAGAUAAAACAGCAAAAGAUGCAAAGUGCUGGAAGAAAGUAGAGUCCUUAGAACCAAGGGAACUGUGGAAGGAAAG